GGUUCUUUUUUUCCAGUUCAUUUUAACGCUUUGAUUUUUCCUUUUUUUUUUUUCUUCUUUUCUUUUUUUCACAAGUUAAAAAAUAAAUAUCAAAUAUGACUAACGAUAUUCGCUAUGAUGGAAGAGUUGCUAUUGUAACUGGUGCUGGUGGAGGACUCGGUAAGGCUUAUGCACUUUACUUUUCCAGCCGUGGUGCCAGUGUUGUUGUCAACGAUCUUGGUGUGUCCCACACUGGUGAUGGCUCCAGCUCCAAGGCUGCUGAUGUUGUUGUGAAUGAAAUCUUGAAGGCUGGUGGUAAGGCUGUUGCCAAUUACAACUCUGUCGAAGACGGUGAAAAGAUUGUCGAAACUGCCAUGAAGGCCUUUGGACGCGUCGAUAUUAUUAUUAACAAUGCUGGUAUUCUUCGUGAUAAAUCCUUUGCUAGAAUCACUGAUGCCGAUUGGGAUCUUAUCAUGGCUGUCCAUGUUAAGGGUUCCUAUGCCGUCACAAAGGCUGCUUGGCCCAUCAUGAAGAAGCAAAAGUAUGGUCGUAUCAUCAUGACUGCCUCUGCUGCUGGUUUAUACGGUAACUUUGGUCAAGCUAAUUACAGUGCUGCCAAACUUGCUCUUGCUAGUUUCAGUAACUCUUUAGCUAAGGAAGGUGCCAAGGAUAACAUUCACUGUAACACCAUUGCUCCUAUGGCUGCUUCCAGAAUGACCGAAACUGUCUUACCUGCUGAGAUCCUUGCCUCUCUUAAGCCUGAAUAUGUCACUCCCGUUGUCGGUUUCCUCUGUCACGAGAAGACCGAAGACAAUGGUGGUAUCUUUGAAGUGGGUGGUGGAUUCAUUUCCAAGUUGAGAUGGGAACGUUCUGCUGGUGCUGUCUUCAAGGCUGAUGACAGCUUUGAUCCUGCUGCUGUUGGUGCCAAAUGGGAAGAAAUCACCGAUUUUGAAAAGAACAACGAAUAUCCUACCUCUGUCAUGGAUACUGAUUUCUUGGCUCUUUUGGAACGUGCUAAGGCUGCCGAAGCUAACCCCAAGGCCGAACCUCUUAGAUUUGAUGGUCAAGUUGCCGUUGUUACCGGUGCCGGUGGUGGACUUGGUAAGGCUUAUGCUUUACUCUUUGGUAAAUUAGGUGCCUCUGUUGUCGUUAACGAUCUUGGAGGUUCUGCUGGUGGUCAAGGUGCCGAUAGCCGUGCUGCUGAUAUUGUUGUUGAAGAGAUCCGUAAGGCUGGUGGUAAGGCUGUUGCUAACUACGACUCUGUUGAGGAAGGUGAUAAGGUUGUUGAGACUGCUCUCAAGGCCUUUGGCCGUGUUGAUAUCGUUGUCAACAAUGCUGGUAUUCUUCGUGAUAAAUCUUUUGCUCGUAUGACAGAUGCCGAUUGGGACCUCGUGCACCGUGUUCAUUUAAGAGGUACUUACAAGGUUGUUCAAGCCGCAUGGCCUCAUUUUGUCAAGCAAAAGUAUGGUCGUAUUAUCAACACUGCUUCUGCUGUCGGUUUAUACGGUAACUUUGGUCAAACCAACUACAGUGCCGCUAAACUUGGUGUUGUUGGUUUCACUCGUACUUUGGCUCUUGAAGGUCAACGUAAGAACAUUCUUGCUAACGUCAUUGCUCCCAAUGCUGGUACUCGUAUGACUGCCACUGUUAUGCCUGCCGAGAUGGUUGAAGCUUUCAAGCCUGAAUAUGUUGCUCCUCUUGUUGCUUUCCUCGGUCACAGCAGUAACGAAGAAACUGGUGGUAUCUUUGAGGUCGGUAGUGGAUGGGUUGCCAAGGUCCGCUGGCAACGUUCCGGUGGUGUUGGUUUCCCUGCUAACCGCGAAUUAACCCCCGAACAAGUUGCCGAAGCUUGGUCUCGUAUCAUUGAUUUCGAAGAUGGUCGUGCCACUAACCCUAACAGCACCCAAGAUUCUUUCCAAGGUUUCAUGGAUAACUUUAGUAACGUUGCUCAAGAAGAAGAGAAGCCUGAGGGAUCUCUUGAUGUUGAGAGUGCUAAGAAAUUGAAGUUCGAGCCUAACGUUUUCACCUAUGAGGAACGUGAAGCUAUCUUGUAUGCUUUAGGUGUCGGUUGUAAGCGUACCGAUACUCAAUUUGUCUACGAAAACGAUGUCAACUUCAGCGUCUUGCCUACUUUCGGUGUCAUUCCUUCUUUUGCUGCCAUGAACUCAGUUCCUUUUGGAGAUAUCGUUCCCAACUUCAACCCCAUGAUGUUGUUACAUGGUGAACAAUUCUUGUCUCUCAAGAAGGCUAUUCCUACCAGCGGUACUCUUAAGUCUGAAUCUCGCAUUAUUGAUAUUCUUGAUAAGGGUAAGGGUGCCUCUGUUGUUCUUGGUGUCACCACCUAUGACGAAAACAACGAAGUUGUCUUUGAGAAUCAAUUCACUUUCUUUAUUCGUGGUAGUGGUGGAUUUGGUGGUAAGCAAAAGGGAGAAGAUAGAGGUGCUGCUACUGCUACCAACGCUGUUCCUGACCGUAAGCCUGAUGCUGUGAUCACUGAAAAGACCAACGAAGAUCAAGCAGCUCUUUACCGUUUAAGUGGUGAUUACAAUCCUUUGCACAUUGAUCCCGAGAUGUCCGCCAUGGGUGGAUUCAAGGUACCUAUCCUUCAUGGUCUCUGCUCUUUUGGUAUCUCUGGAAAGCAUGUCUUGAAGGCCUUUGGUAACAACGAUCCUGAAACUUUCAAGAGUAUCAAGGCUCGUUUUGCCAAGCAUGUCUUCCCUGGUGAGACUCUUGAGACCUCCAUGUGGAAGGAAGGUAACAAGGUCAUCUUCCAAACUCGUGUAGUUGAGCGUGAUGUGAUUGCUAUCUCAAACGCUGCUGUCGAAUUAAACGCCCCUGCUCGUGAAAGCAAGUUGUAAAUUUCCCCCCAUUCCUUUUAAUUCUUCUAUUUUACCCACUCUUAAUUUUUUUUGUUGUUGAUUUUGCUAAAGAAUAAAGUUCAUUUUAAACAAUAAA